AUGGCCCCAGCCCGGAGGGACUGCAGCGGCUGGGAGAUGCUCCUCCCGACGGGAUGCCUGCUCCUCUCGGUCUUGCUGUUCCACCCUGGCCUGGCUAAGGUGUGCAACGACCGCACCAAACACGGACAGGACAACAGCUGGUUCGCCAGGGACGGGGAGAACUUGCCCAUCAUGGUCCUCAUGCCCAUGAACGAGUCGGCCCUGAUGAGCGGCAUCAGCCAGGGCAUCGAGCCGGCGGUGCAGCUGGCCAUCCAGCACAUACGGGAGUCCAGGAAGUACUCGUUCUCUCUCAUCACCAAAAUCUACGACACCGAGUGUGACAACGCAAAGGGGGUGAGGGCCUUCUUCGACGCCAUAUGCUACGGCCCCAAGCACCUCAUGAUCUUUGGCGGUGUCUGCCCCUCUGUGACCUCCAUCAUUGCGGAGUCUUUGGAGGGUUGGAAUCUGGUGCAGCUGUCGUUUGCAGCCACGACACCAGUUCUGGCCGACAGGAAAAAAUUCCCAAACUUCUUCCGCACUGUCCCCUCAGACAACGCCGUGAACCCUGCCGUGGUGAAGUUCCUCAACUUCUACAACUGGACCCGCGUGGGGACGCUAACACAGGACGUUCAGAGAUUCUCAGAGGUGAGGAACGACCUGACUAAUGAGCUGGAGAAGGGAAACAUUCAGAUUGCAGAUACAGAGAGUUUCUCCAACGACCCCUGUGUCAAUGUCAAGAAGCUCAAGGACAGUGAUGUGAGAAUCAUCAUUGGCCAGUUUGACGAGAACUUGGCCGCUAAAGUCUUCUGCUGUGCCUAUAACUUGAACAUGUUCGGCAGUAAAUACCAGUGGAUUAUCCCCGGCUGGUACCAGGGCAACUGGUGGGAGCAGGCCAACAGCACCAACUGCACCACCAAGAAGCUGCUCACAGCCAUGGAGGGAUACAUCAGCGUGGACUUUGAGCCGCUCAGCGCUCGGCAAAUCAAGGGCAUCUCGGACAGGACCCCUAAGGAGUACGAGAGGGAGUACAGCCGAGAGCUGCAGCAGAAAGGUGUGGAGGCCAGUAAGUUCCACGGCUUCGCCUACGACGGGAUCUGGGUCAUUGCGAGAACCUUCACUCGAGUGAUGGAGCUGCUGCGGAUAAAGCAGCGGCAGAACACCUUCCACAACUUCACCGUUGAUGACCGCGAAGUGGGAAAGUUGGUGCUGGACGUCAUGAACGAGACCAACUUCUUCGGUGUUACGGGUCAAGUCAUGUUUCGGAAUGGUGAGAGGAUGGGCACAAUAAAGUUCAACCAGUUUCAAGAGGGACAGGAAGUGAAGGUUGGAGAGUACAAUGCAAUCGCUGACGUGCUGGACCUCAUCAACAACUCAAUAAGGUUCCAAGGUGUGGAGCCUCCCAAGGAUCAGACAUUUGUGCGUCUGCAGCGUCGCCACAUCAACGUGCCACUGUACAGCAUCCUGUCCACCAUCACCAUACUGGGCAUGCUCAUGGCCGGGGCAUUCUUGUUCUUCAACAUCAAAAACCGCAACCACAGACUUAUCAAGAUGUCCAGUCCUUACAUGAACAACCUGAUCAUCCUCGGGGGAAUGCUUUCCUAUGCAUCCAUCUUCCUGUUUGGUCUGGAUGGAGGUUUUGUCUCUGACAAAGAGUUUGAGACGCUCUGCACUGUGCGGACAUGGAUCCUCAUUGUCGGAUACACCACAGCUUUUGGAGCCAUGUUUGCCAAGACCUGGAGGGUGCACGCCAUCUUCAAAAAUGUGAAGAUGAAGAAGAAGAUCAUAAAGGACCAGAAGUUGUUGAUUAUCGUUGGCGGGAUGUUGCUGAUCGACCUAUGCAUCCUCAUUUGCUGGCAGAUUGUGGACCCGCUCAAGAGGACUGUGGAAGAAUACAGCUUGGAGCCGGAUCCCGAAGGUCGAGACAUCUCCAUCCGUCCCUUCUUGGAGCACUGUGAGAACACUCACAUGACCAUUUGGCUGGGCAUCGUCUAUGCCUACAAGGGACUGCUAAUGUUGUUUGGCUGUUUCCUGGCAUGGGAGACCAGGAACGUGAGCAUCCCCGCCCUCAAUGACAGCAAAUACAUCGGGAUGAGCGUGUACAACGUGGGCAUCAUGUGCAUCAUCGGCGCCGCUGUGUCCUUUCUGACCCGAGACCAGCCCAACGUCCAGUUCUGCAUCGUAGCUCUGGUGAUCAUCUUCUGCAGCACGAUCACGCUCUGUCUGGUGUUUGUUCCCAAGUUCAUCAGCAUGAGAACCAACCCAGAUGCAGCCACCAAGAACCGGAGGUUAAAUUUCACCCAGAACCAGAAGAAGGAGGAUUCCAAGACCUCCACCUCGGUCACCAGCGUCAACCAGGCGAAUACUUCUCGACUGGACGGGCUUCAAACUGAUAACCACCGCCUGCGCAUGAAGAUAACAGAGUUGGACAAGGAGCUGGAGGAAGUGACCAUGCAGCUGCAGGACACCCCAGAGAAAACUCCUUACAUCAAACAGAACAAUUACCCCGACGCAAACAACAUCCUCAGCAUACGCAACUUCACAGAUGGUAAAGAUGGAGAGAAGUCGAUACUGAAGAACCACCUGGAGCAGAAGCCUCAGGCGCAGUGGGGCUCCAUGGAUCCUUCCAGAAUAAACAGAGGUCCCUUGGAAGACAUCAACUCACCUGAACACAUACAACGUCGACUGUCCUUGCAACUUCCCAUCCUGCACCAUGCUUACUUGCCUUCCAUAGGAGGGGUCGAUGCCAGCUGCACAAGCCCCAGCGGCAGCCCUGGUUCCAGCCCACGGCACAGACACAUGCCCCCCUCCUACCGGGUGAUGGUCUCUGGCCUGUGA